AUGGAGCCGGCUGAGGGCUGGGACCCCUACGGGCGGCCGGCCCGGCGCACGCAGUGGCUGGUCAGCGCCCUCGCCUACCACUACGGGCUGGACCGCGGCGUGGAGAACGAGAUCGUCGUGCUGGCCACCGGCCUGGACCAGUACCUGCAGGAGAUCUUCCACCACUUGGACUGCGACGGUUCGGGCCGCAUCCCCGGCGAGGACUUCCGCACGCUGUGCCAGGUGCUGGGGCUGGAGGAGGCGGCGGAGCCUGAGGAGUGCGCGGGGCUGUGGGACGGGCUCUCGGCUGAGCUCACCUUCCGCCAGUUCCACGCGCGGCUCUGCGGCCACUUCAGCACCUGCGCGGGGCCGCGGCUGCCGCUGGGCCGGGAGAGCGAGCACAUCGAGACCCAGAUCCGCCUGCGCAGCCCCCGACGCCGCCGCCGCACCGACCCCGCUGGCCGCGGAGCCGCGGGCAGCGUCAAGCGACGGCCGCCAGGGCCCUGCUCCCAAGAGUGCUGCGAGGAGAUCGUGGCACUGGAGCGGGCUGAGGACCGCAUCGCCACACUGGAGGAGGAGAACGGCAGCCUGCGGGAGCUGGUGGAGGACAUGCGCGCCGCCCUGCAGAGCAGCGAUGCGCGGUGCCUGGUGCUGCAGGUGGGACUGCGGAAGAGCCAUGCCAGCCAUACAGGAGAAGGACCCUGCUUCAUAGGGAGGAAGAGACCAUUAACACAGAAGCACUCCCAGACCAAGUGCCUCCAAGAUGUCCUGGAGGAAAUGGAGCUCAUGCGGAGCUCCAGGGAUGGGCAGAUUGAAGAAGCCAUCAGGUUCAGCCAGGAGCUGGAGAAGGAGCUGAAGAGCUCUCAGGAAGCUCUGGUCAGCCUGGAAGAUUGCAACCGUAACCUGAAGAGGGAGCAGGCAGAGAUGAAGAGGAAGGUGGAAGAGGCCAGACACGCUGUCCUGAACAGUCGUGGCAAAGUGAGGGAGCUGGAAGUGAGAGCUAAGGAGGUGCCAAAUCUGCAGAUACUGAAUGAACCUGAUGAUGAAGAUAAUCCUGUUGAUGAAGAUGAUCCUGUUGAUGAAGAUGAUCUGGAUUCCCAACCCAUACCCAUUAGUGGGUAUCUAGGAGAUGGUGAAGAGACCAAGGAGUCUAGCACGUGCGCCAGUCGGGCCCUCAUCGAAAGCCUGCAGCGCAAUGAAGGUGAGGGCUGGCGGCGCCGGCUGAGGUGGGAUCCCGGGGCGCGGGUCACGCCUGGCAGCCCCGGGCGCACCACCGGCCCGUCUCGCCCGCCGACCCCUCGCGGGGCCGGGCAGGUGGAGCCUCAGGUGUCUGACAGCUACCAGCAGAGCUGGCGGAACUGCUUGUCGGGGCACAGCCACAGCUGGGCAGGCAGCAGCCAGACAUGGGGCUUCUGA